GCCGAUGGAAAAUGGCGAGUCUGUGUAAACGGCAGGAAUGUACGACUGAAAGGGACGGCUUUCGACAGGAACUUAAUUCGUGGCGGCAAAAACCCAUUUACUAAGUAGUUUACAGUGAUUCAGAUGCUUGGCACUUUCUCCUAGGAACAAGAUCUUUUUGGCUGCAUAUGUCCUAAUGUCUGAGCUGGUUUUUGGUGGUUGUAAGUGUUGCCACACUCCCAGGGGAUCUAGGAGUAACAAAACAUCAGUUCAGCAGACCUCACAAGCGUCCUAGUUCAGUACAUUCCUCCAGUGACACAAGAUUAUGCAGCGAAUUAUUCAACAGUUUGCCUUAGAAUAUACCUCAAAAGACAGUUUAACUCAGGACACACCUCUGGACCCAGCUGGAAACAGCCCUGCUUUCUCAGAACAAAACCCUGUUCUUAGCAAACUUUUAAUGGCUGAUCAGGAUUCUCCAUUGGACCUCACUGUUAGGAAGCCAGAUGUGGAGUCCAGCCAGCAAGAUGGAGUUCUUGAUCUUUCAACUAAGAAAAAACGGAACCAUAGCAGCAUCUCCCUCAAAACAGCUCAAGAUAUAUCUUUAGUCAGACAGAAUUCCAUUAUAACCAACCAGCCCGAAGACGAGGACGAGGACGAGGACGACGAGGACGACGACGACGAUGACGACGACGAUGAUGAUGAUGAUGAUGAUGAUGUUGAUGUUAAUGAUGAUGACGAUGAUGACGGCCUCCCAUUACAUGGUUUGCAAGAUGGAAUUCAAGAGAACUAUACUGGCACUUCCCCUGUCAAACUACCACUUGCCAGCUCACUUCUUAUAAAGGAAGAACUUGUAAGUCAAAAGCACCACCUUCUUGCCCAACCUUUUUCCUUUAGCCUAGAUAAAGUAAGACUUCUUAAACCCCAUAAAUAUGACUCUUUUCUGUCUCGUAAUGCCUCACGGGAAAAACCCCAUCUAGAUAAUUUAAUAACAAGUAAACAGGUGAGCAGUUAUCUUGGUAAUCUGAAGAAGCUUCCAAUUCUCCUGGAGAAUCAAAUGUUCACCAAGGAUACAAAUGCCUCCUAUAACCAGUCCCUUAAUAUCUCAGUAAAGAAGGAAGCGGGUAACUCUCCACCAGUGGACUUAAAGAUUCCUCAAGUAAAGGGGAUGGAUCUCUCCUGGAACUCUAUUAACAACACCUCUGAUCUUUAUAGUUAUAGCUCUCUGAAUGUGGGCAGUGUGCACUCAGAAAAUUUGCUAAGCAGGAGGCUUAGAGCAAUCUUGCCCAAACAGACUCGAAGGGCUGGCUUAGCAAGCCUUCAUGGUAAAAGUGUCAUGGGGGAGUAUUGGGGCUUGGAUGUUGAUCAGUCAAAAUCUGUGCCUCAGUAUCACACUUCAGAUCCAGAAGCAGAUCCGGCAGUCUCCAAGCAGCCACGUAAAAAGAGGGGUCGGUACCGCCAGUAUAACAGUGAGAUCCUAGAAGAGGCUAUUGCUGUGGUGAUGAGUGGGAAGAUGAGUGUCUCAAAGGCACAGAAUAUAUAUGGUAUUCCUCAUAGUACUCUCGAGUACAAGGUAAAAGAAAGGCUGGGCACACUGAAGAACCCACCAAAGAAAAAGAUUAAACUGAUGAUGAGGAUGGAAGAACAAAAAUCUGAGAUGAUGAAAGAAACAGAAUCUACAUCAACACCAGCUGCCGCAUCGAGCACAGUGCAAGUAGAUAUUUCGCAAGAGUUGGGGGACAUUAAAGAAUCCCACAUAAACCCAGCACAAUGUAUAACUAAAUGAACAAAACUAAAGUAUUUUGGAAAGGGACAGGGCUUUAGGUGUGCCAGUUUACUUUAUAUUAUCUGGG